CAUCGCCCAAUCUCGUACAGCUAUCUCUUGGCUCGAAGUAAGAGGCAACAUGUGAUCUGAUGACAUGAACGGUAACUGAUUAGCUGAAGCACAAAAAUGAGAUCAUCACCAUCAGCUGGCCGAGGAUAACGCACUCAGCUUACUUUAGCAGGACACAUUCCCUGCUCCUCCUUCCUAAAUCUUCAAACCCCUUUUUCUCUCUCUUCCAAAUUUGUUCAGUUUUCCCUUUUUAAUUUCAUCUGAAACCCUUGACUGCUAUUAAAAUAAACAAUUUCCAUCAAAAUAUUAUUUGGGGUUUUUCAAUACCCUUGAAAUUGGGCGCUAAUCAAUGCCAAUUUUCAAUCAUGAACUGUAUUUUUUUGGGAAUUUUUUCUGGGUCACAAAGAUGCAAUCUUUGAGGUGAGAUUCUGGAUUUUUUUGCGUUUUUUAGUCUUUUAUGAUGGAGAUUUUUUGUGGGUUAUUACUGAAUCUUGAGAUUUUUAGGGUAUUUUGUUGUUGUUUGUUGUAGAUUUCCCUGGAUGUUUCAAUAAAGGGUUUUGAAUUGCAUGUACAUUUCAUUUGUAAUUCUGAGCAGAUUUGAUUAGUUUAGGUAUGAAUUUAGCCUUUUUAUGGAAGGAUUUUGAGGUUUGAUUGAAGAUGCAUUGGGGAUUGUUUGGAAAUUUGGUGCAGAAAAUUAUUUAGUUGCAGUAAAAGCAGGCCUGAAUUGUGAAUUUUGUUUUAAGGUAAUAUUCUUGUGGUUGGAAUGCAAUCUUAAUAAACCAGUUUGAGGUAACUUGUGAUUUUGUUGCUUCAAUUGAGAAUGGAGGAUGAUAAGGGUAACGGUUCGAGGUAUAUUUCGAAAACAUAUGGUCAGAAUGACCAGCAAGAGUAUGGUUCCUCGCUCCGCCCUAAGGGUUCUGGAUUCAGUGAUAGGUACCCUAGGGAGAGUAAUCAAUAUCCCGGUGAUGAGGAGGAAGAUAUAGAAGAUGAAGAAUUAGGGGAAGAAGAUGUGGAAAGGAAUGGUGUUCGAAUGAUAGGCAAAGAUACUUAUGAUGAUGAGGAGGACGAGGAAGAAGAGGGGGAGGGGGAGGGGGAGGACGAGGAAGAGGAGGAUGACUCUGAUGAUGAAGAAGACGACGACAAUGAUGAUCAUGAGGAUGGUAAAAGAUUUAAUGGGAAGGCAGAGGAUAUCAGCAAUGGAAAGCCUAGGAAGAAGCGGAAGUUAAAGACUAUAAUAUCAAAUUAUGAAUUUGCUCCGCGUGUGCCCACCCCAACCGUUCAGAAAGCUACAUUGCCUCAAGCUCAACCUACAUCGAGUGGGCAAAAUUCUGUGGGAGAUUGGACUGAAAAAGAGACUUUUGCCUUAUUAGAUGCAUGGGGAGAGCGGUUUCUUAGACUAGGCAGGAAGAGUCUUCGUUCAGAUGAAUGGCAAGAAGUUGCAGAAAAAGUGUCACAGGAGACAAAUGUUGAAAGAACUGAUGCUCAAUGUCGAAAUCGAUUGGAUACAUUGAAGAAAAAGUACAAAAAAGAGAGUACCAGGUUAACAGCAGGUGGAAGUGGCGUUAGCCAGUGGGUUUUCUACAGAAGGAUGGAUAUGUUGCUGUCUUCUUCACAUCAGCAAACUGGCCUUUCAUGUGGAAUUGACUCGGGAGAGUAUGUAUUUAUGAACUCUAACGUGUACUUGAAUCGUGCAAAUGGAUUGGAUGAGAUGAGAGAUAGCCCAGGAAAUUCAGAUUAUCUGAGAGAUGAGGACGGCGAUGAUUCAGAUGGACUCCCACCUAAGGGAAAGAAGAAUAAAGGGAGAAGAGUUGACGGUUCUUCUGUCCAAUUGCUCGCUGAUUCUAUUGAGAAAUUCAGUGAGGUAUAUGAGAAGAUUGAAAGUAAUAAAAGAAAGAAGAUGGCAGAGUUGGAAAACAUGAGGGUGGAUUUCCACAGGCAACUAGAAACACAGAGGAGGGAAAUUCUGGAGAGAGCUCAAGCCGAGAUUGCAAAAAUAAGACAAGGUGAUGAUGAUGAUGAUGAAGAAAAUGAUCUCUCUGCUGAAAACCUCAGUGGAUAAUGAUCUAAUAUGUAGUGGUUAGUAUUCAGUUGUAGCUCGUAAAUAAUGUAAUUCAUGUUCAUCGAUUGCCUGCUAAAUGUUGUACCAUAUUCUGUAAUAGGGGGUUAGCAUGGACAGGUUGUAUUUUUACAGAUUCAGGCACCUCAUUUGACAGUUUAUAUGAGUUUCUUAGGUUAAAGUCGAUUCAAAGACUUCAACGCUUGGCAGAACUAUAUGUAUUCCAAAUCAAUGGAAAUUUAUAACUAUAAUGCCUGUUUAAGUC